AUGGCUAGUUGGAUGGAUCGAGCGAUCAUCCUGUUCGCUAUCCUACUUCACUGUGAUUCCACGACAGGGUACAACGUCCUGCUAGCCACCAUGGGCGGUACCAAGUCGCACACGGUUCCAUUCGUCGCAUUGGGCACUAGUCUGAAGGCACGGGGUCAUAACGUGACGCUACUGAGCGCAUUUCCGGGACCAGCGGCGAACAACGGACUGCAGGAGUUCGUUCCGCCAAUCUUCGAGGCUUACGUCGGGAAUUACACGUCAGAAUGGGACCUGGUCGGGGCAAGGUUCCGAGACGAAAUGCCCAUCUCACCGUGGGAUGCAAUGCGAUAUGCCUGGGAGGCCUGCGAGGCUCUUCUUCGCGACGAAUUAUCGGUAUCUUGGCUGAGAAGACCCGAAGGUGAUCCUCAUGCUCGAUGGGACAUCGCGGUCGUGGACGGGGCCUUUCCCGAGUGCCUUCUCGGGGUCCUUCAUGGGGAAGAUGUACCCACUAUUAUGCUGAACACGGUGGCCUUGUACAGCGGCUCCAUGAGUCGCCAAGGGAACCCAUCGCCAUGGUCUGUCACACCGUACUUCGGCAAAUCCCUGACACAGGACAUGAACUUCCUUCAAAGGAUUUUGAACGCCGCCUGCCUCGUUACCCUGAGGAUAAUGCACUGGAUCAUGAUCAGCGGAUAUCUUCAACCGGUUCUGAGGAAGUAUCUAGGGAACCAGUUGCCAGACGUACGAGAUCUGACCACGGAGAUUCCCCUGACAUUGCAGAACAGUCAUUACAGCGUGGCUGACUCGGUGCCUUACUUGGCCAACGUGGUGAACGUCGCAUGCCUCCAUUGCAAGCCUGCGACUCAGCUGAGUCCCGAUUUGGAGAGCUUCUUGCAACGCGGUUUCAUCUUCGUUUCCAUGGGAUCGUCGGUCCGCGCGUCGGGCAUGCCAGAGGCGCUGCGUCAAAUCUUUGUGGCAGCCUUCGCCACACUCCCGUACAACGUCGUGUGGAAAUGGGAAGGCAUGAAGAUCAAAGAUCUGCCAUCGAACGUCAGAACGGCGGCAUGGUGGCCGCAGCAAGAGCUGCUGGGCCACCCCAAGCUUCGAGCCUUCGUCUCGCACGGUGGACUUCUGUCUCUGCACGAGGCCGCUUAUCAUGGCGCCCCUACCCUCGUCUUGCCGGUCUUCUGCGACCAUGAUGGAAACGCGGCUCAAGCUGAAAAAUUGGGCUACGCCCUGGUGAUGGACCUGGCGAGACUGUCCAUCGGGAGUCUUCGAGAAGGAAUCCUCAAGGUAACUGCAGUGCACAACAAUUCGUAUCGAACAGCAGCUAAGAAGAGGAGUACAUUGCUACGAGAGUUGCCAAUCAACCCUAGAAAAUUGGCUACCUGGUGGGUGGAACACGUUGCAAAGCACAAGGGAGCUGAACAUUUGAAAAGUUCUACGAGGUACAUGGGUGUUAUUCACUAUUAUUCCAUUGACGUGGCAAUAUUUUACGUGAUAACAUUGAUACUACUAGUUUGCGGGUUGAAGAAAUUGUGCUGGAGAACUAUAUCAAAACAAGCUGUUAAAAAGAAAAUCGACUAG